UAUUAGUUUCAAUAAUAAAAAGGAAAUUGGGAAGGAUAGUUUGGUCAUCGGCAUUCCGAAGUGUUAAAACCCCACACUCACUCUCAGUGGAGUCUCCCAAAGCUCCAACUCCAUACUCGUACGGCCUUCAAAUCUCUCAACAACCAUGGCCAACAAUCCCUCCCAGCUACUUCCUUCAGAGUUAAUCGACCGUUGCAUAGGGUCUAAAAUUUGGGUCAUAAUGAAGGGCGACAAGGAGCUUGUUGGUACUCUUCGCGGCUUCGAUGUUUACGUCAACAUGGUUCUUGAAGACGUCACUGAAUACGAGAUCACUACCGAAGGAAGACGGAUAACCAAGCUUGAUCAGAUUUUGCUGAAUGGGAACAACAUUGCAAUUCUGGUUCCAGGUGGCUCACCAGAACCUGAAUGAGAACGGCUAACCUCUACUUCAAGUUCACGAUCUUUGAUUCUCACGCGGUUGGAGCAGACUCGUUUUUAUGAGAAAUUAUGCUCCAGUAUGCAUUUCUUUAUUUUCAGCCUAUUGGAUUAUGUAGGUGACAUGGUUGUAGGAUAAUGGUGUGGGACAUAUCAGCUAUCAUUGUUAAUGAAAGUAUGCUUCAGUAUGCUCUUUCUUAGUA